CCCCAGCUCUCAUAGUUAGGCAGCCAAGAAGGGGUCUUCGGAUGUCAAAGCCUUAAUGUGUGCACUCUGAUGCUCCAGUAAACUCAUUCUCCCUAGGAGGUGCUUCCAUGAGGAACAGGGAGGAGGGAACGCAGCUCUGUGAUGCUGUCCGAGCCACUGACUAAGGAUGCCACCAGCUGCCUCAGGCCUCUAGCCCUCUGUCCCCGGCUGAGGUUUCCACCACUGUGUUCUCCACCAAGACCCGAUAGGAUGAGCUGUCCUUCUCCUCGGACUGCCACUGCCAGCCAGAAAAUGACCUGAAGUGGCCCAGCGCAAGAACUCCUCAUGGACCAGACAAAUAUGACGUCCCUUGCUGAAGAGAAAGCCAUGAAUACCUCCAGCAGAAAUGCCCUGGGGAGCUCACACCCACCCAUUCCCAUAGUGCAUUGGGUCAUCAUGAGCAUCUCCCCUCUGGGCUUUGUGGAGAACGGGAUCCUCCUGUGGUUCCUCUGCUUCCGGAUGAGGAGAAAUCCCUUCACGGUCUACAUCACCCACCUGUCCAUUGCUGACAUCUCUUUUCUCUUUUGUAUUUUCAUUCUGUCCAUCGACUAUGCCUUAGACUAUGAACUCUCUUCUGGCCAUUACUAUACAAUCGUGACGUUAUCGGUGACUUUCCUAUUUGGCUACAACACAGGCCUCUAUCUGCUGACAGCCAUCAGCGUGGAGAGGUGCCUAUCGGUCCUCUACCCCAUCUGGUACAGAUGUCACCGCCCCAAGCACCAGUCGGCAUUUGUCUGUGCCCUCCUGUGGGCACUUUCGUGCUUGGUGACCACCAUGGAGUACGUCAUGUGCAUCGACAGUGGGGAAGAGAGUCACUCUCGGAGUGACUGCCGGGCGGUCAUCAUCUUCAUAGCCAUCCUCAGUUUCUUGGUCUUCACUCCACUCAUGUUAGUGUCCAGCACCAUCUUGGUGGUGAAGAUACGCAAGAACACGUGGGCCUCCCAUUCUUCAAAGCUGUACAUAGUCAUCAUGGUCACCAUUAUCAUAUUCCUCAUCUUCGCCAUGCCCAUGCGGGUCCUCUACCUGCUGUACUAUGAGUACUGGUCAGCCUUUGGGAACCUGCAUAACAUCUCCUUGCUUUUCUCCACCAUCAACAGCAGUGCCAACCCUUUCAUCUACUUUUUUGUGGGCAGUAGUAAGAAGAAGCGCUUCAGGGAGUCCUUAAAAGUGGUCCUGACCAGGGCUUUCAAAGAUGAGAUGCAACCCAGACGCCAGGCGGGCAAUGGAAACACUGUAUCCAUUGAGACCGUGGUCUGAGGACAGCAGGGGGAAUUGUGGAUAGAAAAUGGUGGAAUGUGGGUGGCUUUCAAUUUGUGCUUGGAAUGUAAUUUAAGUCCAUUUAAAUCUCCUAAAUAUGAUACAGAGGGAAGCAUUCUACAUGCAUGGGGGUCUAAUCCAUGAUGAACUUGUAUUGUUACCUAGUAUCUUCUGGAAAUGCUUCCCAUACACGACGGGACUUGGUCUUUUCUAUCCUUAUCAAAGACUCACUCUUCUCUUAGCUGCCUGGUAGUGAUCAACAGUGAACUAUAAAAACUGCUCUAGCAGGAACUAUCCCAAAUGUGACCCGGAGAACCUGGGGAGGCCAUGCAAUGACUGCAGUGUGCUCUUAUGUGACCUCACACAAGGGGCUUUGGGGGAGCCUGGUUUCCUCCCUUAGUGGAAAUAGUGACAGUCUGUACUGCGCAGGUUAUUGUCCAGUGAGGUAGGCAAAGCACCCAGCUCAUUGUCAAAGUUCAAUAAAUACCCACCUCUCCUCACCCUUUAACUAGAGUGCAAAGUACUUAUACAAAUAUCACCUUGUGUUUGUAAAUGUUGAA